AUGCACUCACAGUUCUGGAGGAGGCGUGUGAGGUGCAGGUCACAUGAUCCGAGUCGUCUCCCCAUCAUCUUCUGGUUUCCACGGACGUGUCACCUGUCGGAGCGAUUACACUCGUCCUCCGGCCGGACGCCGUGUCCUGACUGCCAAGACAAAAAGGCAGCCGUCACGUCGGGUUUUGCGGCGGCGUCACGGUCGCUUCGAUGA